GCAGGUACCUAAAAUUUUUUCCUUGAAUACGCCACGCCCUGCGUCGUGCUAAAAUGCGAAUUUGUGGAGGAUCCAAGACAGCGUACAAGGCAUUCGGACAAUUCUUAAUCAUCAUCUUAACAUUGGGCAGUUUGCAAAUUUUUGUGCAUCUGUCCACCUUGUUUCGCAGCCAGCGAAUUGGCCAAGGAAGGAUCACUGCAUUGGCAAGGAAUGAUUCGGGAUUCAAGGUCGAAAUGGACGUCAGUGAUCGAGGCGAAAUCAGAUGGCGUCUGGGCAACUCGUGGCUCGCGUUCGUCGACCUGGCCCGCAAACCCGGCGUGGAACCCAUUUUAUGGGAACGCCAGAAAUGCUGGCCAUCCGCGACCCACGACCCCGAGAUCCACACAGUCUACAUCGUGCUGUCGACGGCAAAACAGACCCGCGAGAGACGCGUGGCAAGAGAAACUUCCCUCGGGCAAGCAUACCUUCGGGCUCAUGGCAUCUGCGCCAUUUUUGUCAUAGGGGAAUCAUUCAGUCUGGAGAAUGAAUGGCGUCUGGGCAACUCGUGGCUCGCGUUCGUCGACCUGGCUCGCAAACCCGGCGUGGAACCCAUUUUAUGGGAACGCCAGAAAUGCUGGCCGUCCACGACCCACGAUCCCGAGAUCCACACAGUCUACAUCGUGCUGUCGACGGCAAAACAGACCCGCGAGAGACGCGUGGCACGAGAAACUUCCCUCGGGCAAGCAUACCUUCGGGCUCAUGGCAUCUGCGCCAUUUUUGUCAUAGGGGAAUCAUUCAGUCUGGAGAAUGAAGUUCCGCCGGCUACCGGAAGUGUAGAAAACGAAAUCGUCUACACUGACCACGGAUAUCCAAUACGGCGUUUCAUCCUAGAAGAGGCUGAAAAGUUCGGCGACUUGGUCAUGAUUGAUUCACCCGAAGUAGUAGUUCUUUCCGGGUUCGCGUGGGCUCAACUAUUCGCACCAUCCGCAAAAUACGUGGGACGAAUCGACGUGAAAACUUUCGUCAAUGCCGCACGGCUGGUUCAAGAAUUGAAAACAAAACUCCUUAAUCAUGACGUUCUUGGGACUCAAGCCCUUCCAAGAGACAUAGCGGAUGCCAGAAAUUACUCUUUUCGGGUCGGACGAGUCUUGAGAGGUUCAGCGAUGGAGACAGAGUUUGCAAUGGGAUUCGCUUACUUUGCAACCAUGACUUACGCCAAUAUGGUCCUGGGGUACGCAGAUAAGAAUGAAAGCGAUUUCGAACCCGUCUGGGAUGACGUUUACGUCACGGGAAGAGCCGCCAAGGCACUGGGUGCAAAAAUCCUUUGGAUCCCCAUAGACUACUCUGGCAACUUCACUUUUGAAAUCGGAUGCGAAGGACCACGUGACUGGAUCACAGACACCGGGGCCAUGAGAGCUCACACAGCACCAGUGGCUUCCUACUGCGGAGAUGAAUUCAUCAAUCGAAUCGUUUACAACAAGCUGACAUGGGUCGGCAUCACUGAGCGAUUACGAGACUACGGAUACGAGUCCUGCUUCAUGGCUUACAACGAACAGACUGGCAUUGAUCAAAGCGCCAGUCCGGGCCCAUUUUACUACAUCUGAAAAAUUGCGUUGGACACAAAAACCCAGACAUUUCAUGAAAUCGCUGAAUUCAAGCCCGUGUUCAACGAAACGCUCCCCCCUUAUGUAUAUGCAUCCGAAAGGAAUAGGAUCACUCUGCAUCGGGAAAAAAAUCUUGUGGAACGAACAGAAUCUUGAAAAAAUUGUAUGAGACUUUAUUGAUGGAAAAAGAGAAGUAAAUUGCAAAAAAGUUCAGUUGCGACGGGAAUUAUAAUCUACUGAACUUAUUACACAAUGGGGUCGAUUAAAAAAUAGAAGGAAUAACGGCGCGAAGUUUUGUGGUGAACUUUCCUCCGAG